UCAGUGGGAGACAGCUGCACAAACUGAAAAUGGGGUUGAUGCACACUGGGUUUCUGUUACUGCUGUUUUGUUCUGCCUAUAGUGAUCAGUUUAGAAGAAAAGCAGGGUAUGGCCUGUUUGUGCAAGAUCCUGAAUUAGAGUGGGUGAGAAUGGAGACAGUGAUAGAUGAAGAUAUGACGCCUGCCCGUGCACCCAAAGCCAAAAUGUGGAAGAGUGCAUCAGGAUCUUCAACACCUGAAGCGAAGAAUUUUCCAGAGUAUCUGACUGUCUCAUCCUCCAAGUACCAGAAAGAGGCUUUCAAGCCAGAAAAGGGUGCAAGACCCCUCCCUGACUGGGUCAAGGAAAUGUUACUUGGUCCUGCUUCCACUGCUGAAGUAAAUAAAAUUGCAGCAGGAAGAGCAGCGGUUAGGACAAAGUUGGUUGAAAUCCUGUGCCACGUUGACAGAAUGUAUGUAAGAAUUAGGAGAGAGGUCUUCAAGACUAGAGAUGCUUAUAAAUAUUUGAAGCUAGGUACCUGUCCUGUUAACCAAGGUACCUCAGCCCAUUACUACCUUCUAUACCUUCUGAAAACUGACUGUGGAUUCAAGAAAGAGAGCAAUCCAGAUUAUCUGUCCAUCAGCAAUGUGCUCCACUACAAGCCAACUGGUCAAAUUUUGAGGGAAAUGCCAUUUGACAUUCCUCUGCAGUGUAAAUAUCCCAGGUUAUUUCAUUCUUUUAAAGUUGGCUUCUAUCCCAAACUACAAGGAGGCACAGUUUACAAAGCACUCCAACCAAAAAGCAGUAUAACCCUAACUGCUCAAGAUGCAUCAGGGAAUGAAAUCACAGGUGCCAAAACCUACACUUUGGGUCAGCCAAUGUACUUUGAAGCCAAACAAUCUGACAAAACUGCAAAGUCUGAAGAUCAGAGGAUGUACAUCAACAAGUGCUUCAUGACUGCCAACCAAGACCCCAACUCCAGUCCUAAAUAUACAGUCAUUGACAACCAAGGCUGUAUGAUUGAUGGAAAGGUGACUGAACAGUCAAAGUUCCUCAGCGGUGCCUCAAAGAUGGUCCAGAAAUUCAGUGUGGGUGCCUUCAUUUUCAAGAACACAGGUUCCACGUCUUCCUCAUCACAGCAACUCUACAUGCACUGUGAGAUCUCUAUGGGGAAACUUACUCCAACUUCGAGUUCAAAGGCUUGCAAUUAUGACCCACCAACCAAAAAGUGGAAGGAGCUUUAUGGUGAUGACUCUGUGUGCACCUGCUGUGAUUCAACUUGCCCCUCAGCACAGCCUAGGGCUUCCAGUAAUAUCAUCUCAAGUCACUCUUGGAAGGUCGACUUGAGUGGUAAGGACGGAUAUGUGGAUGUUGACCCUCGGAUGAAAUCGUUUGAUGGUGACACGUUCAGAUCGGAGGACCUCGACAUGGCAGAGCACAUAGACUUCAUAAACUACUGGGAGCAUGAUUACUGA